GCAUCGUUCAUUCGGUUUUCGUCAUUUGAAGCGGUCGUUUUGUCCGCAAAGUGUGUUCCCAACGAGGAGUAAAACUUUCUAAAUUUUGAGUAGAAAGUGCAGCAAUCAAAUAAUAAGUUUACUUCCCUGCCGAUCGUUAUAUUAAGUCAAACACAAUGGGAAUUAAAUUCCUUGAAGUUAUUAAGCCCUUCUGCAGUAUACUGCCAGAAAUUGCAAAGCCUGAGCGCAAGAUCCAAUUCAGAGAAAAAGUGCUAUGGACAGCAAUCACUUUAUUCAUUUUCCUGGUGUGCUGCCAAAUCCCCUUGUUCGGCAUCAUGAGCUCCGACUCCGCGGAUCCCUUCUACUGGAUUCGUGUGAUUCUCGCCUCUAACCGUGGUACUCUCAUGGAGUUGGGUAUCUCCCCCAUUGUGACAUCUGGUCUGAUUAUGCAGCUGUUGGCUGGCGCCAAGAUCAUUGAGGUCGGUGAUACGCCCAAGGAUCGUGCGCUCUUCAACGGUGCCCAGAAGCUCUUCGGCAUGGUCAUCACCAUUGGCCAGGCUAUUGUCUAUGUGAUGACUGGCAUGUAUGGUGAUCCAUCGGAAAUUGGCGCUGGCGUCUGCCUGCUGAUCAUCAUUCAGUUGUUUGCCGCCGGUCUUAUUGUCCUGCUGCUCGACGAACUGCUCCAGAAGGGUUAUGGCCUCGGUUCUGGUAUUUCCCUCUUCAUCGCUACCAACAUUUGUGAGACCAUCGUGUGGAAGGCCUUUUCACCCACCACUGUGACAACCGGACGCGGCACCGAAUUUGAAGGCGCUGUGAUUGCGCUGUUCCAUCUGAUGGCCACCCGCAACGACAAAGUACGCGCCCUGCGUGAGGCUUUCUAUCGCCAGAAUCUGCCCAAUCUGAUGAACCUGUUGGCCACCAUCUUGGUGUUUGCUGUGGUCAUCUACUUCCAAGGUUUCCGUGUGGAUUUGCCCAUCAAGAGCGCCCGUUAUCGCGGCCAGUACAGCAGCUAUCCCAUCAAGCUCUUCUACACUUCCAACAUUCCCAUCAUUCUGCAGUCUGCGCUUGUUUCCAACUUGUACGUCAUCUCCCAGAUGUUGGCCGUCAAGUUCCAGGGCAACUUCUUCAUUAACUUGCUCGGUGUGUGGGCCGAUGUUGGUGGUGGCGGCCCAGCUCGCUCCUAUCCCAUUGGUGGUCUGUGCUACUAUCUGUCGCCACCUGAGAGCGUUGGCCACAUUCUCACCGAUCCCAUUCAUGCGCUGCUCUACAUUGUCUUCAUGUUGGGCUCCUGUGCGUUCUUCUCCAAGACCUGGAUCGAUGUCUCUGGCAGCUCAGCCAAGGAUGUUGCCAAGCAACUGAAGGAACAACACAUGGUGAUGCGAGGCCAUCGUGAGAACUCGAUGAUUCAUGAACUGAAUCGUUAUAUUCCAACGGCCGCUGCUUUCGGUGGUCUGUGUAUUGGCGCUCUGUCGGUUAUGGCAGAUUUCCUAGGCGCUAUUGGCUCCGGCACGGGUAUCCUGCUGGCUGUGACGAUCAUCUAUCAGUACUUCGAAAUCUUCGUUAAGGAGCAAUCCGAAAUGGGUGGCAUGGGCACGCUGCUGUUCUAAGCAGCUGUACAAUUGUAAACAACUAAUUGUACAACAACUACAUUAACAACAAAAACACAAUACUUCAUCAUACUUCUCACAUGCCUGCUCGCUCCGCCCUUCGCCCCCUCCCAUCUAUGCAAAUUACACGGUUCGAAAACUUCCACACAAUAUCGCAUCAUUUUUAAGGCUGUUUACUUUGCAGGCUGAGCAUAAAUAUUAAUUGUGUGUUUAAAUACGACAAGAAUCGUUUUUCUAUUAGUUUGUAUUCAAAUGUGAGACUUUAUUGCUUAAGUUCAAUAUUUCUUUGGAUUGAUUGAAUUUCAAUGCAAUUACUUUUUUUGUUUUAACUGAGUGUAAUAAUAUAAUUUAGAUUCAUUGAUGAUUACACGUGAAAUUAUUAAAACAAACAAUGAAUAUAUGAGUACAUGAAAACGAACAUUAAAAUCAUGCAACAUACAAAUUGUCAUAAUAAUAAAACGUAAAUUAGAUAACAUU